GCGGCCGCGUAGUCGCAUCGUGGCGUCUCGCGAAACUGCAUCGUGCUGCAUUCGUGCCCUCGUUUUCGCACGCGUCUCUUCUCGUCCGCAUCACCGAUCGCAUUGCUACGCACCGACGGCGACGACGACGACGACGUCGACGACGACGACGACGAGGGCACGUCGACAGAUAAACAGACGGACGGACAGACCUGCGCCAGCUUGCUCGUGCACGAAAAGGGUGUAGGCGCAGAGGGGUGUGCGGAACUCUCACGCUGCAGGGUCAACAAUCGAAUCUGAAAUCGCGGGACGAUACACGAACGAUGACGACGGCUGAUAGAGGGAAAUAGGCGAGCCUCGUGUACCGAGACUUCGAAAAGAGGACUUCGUCGGUUUUACCACUGGAGAGAGAGGGAGAGAGAGAGAGAGAGGGGAGGAGGAGAGAGAGGGAGGGAAAGAGAGACAGGGAGAAUUAACUGUUCCGAAUAGAAAAGUGGUGCGAAACGGAAGAAAUAUUCCACAUAUCGUGCGCGCGUACAAAAUUAAAAAAAAAAGAAAAUCUAUCGCAUCUCCUAAUAUACACGCUGUGUGCAUGAAGGGCUGGAGCAAUUUGCAUGAAAUUUAAUUGGUGUCGCUCGGAGUAUACAAACGAGCCAGACCCGCGCUGAAUCGCGCACCGCUUGUUGCUCGAAGAAGUCUCGACAUGACGCGAAGCUAGACGAGUGCAAGGAGAUUUCCCCGUCAGCAUGUGGACGAAUCACUUGAUAGUGGCGGCAAUUGUACUCGCGGUUGCCAACGUCUGUCAUGCGGAGUGCCAGACUCGUUCCGUUUACUGCUACGAAUGCGACUCAUGGACGGACCUCAGAUGCAAGGAUCCGUUCAACUAUACGGCGCUACCUAGGGAUCAACCACCUCUAAUGACCUGUAACGGAUGUUGCGUUAAAAUGGUCCGCAACGCAAAAUCACCGUACGAAAGCGUGAGGAGGACCUGCACAUCGCAACUACAAAUAAACUUAUUCAUGGUGGACCACGUGUGCAUGAUGGAAAGUACCGGCACUGGUCACAUGUGCUUCUGUGAGGAGGAUAUGUGCAAUCGUGUACCCCCGACCUCGCGCUCGAAUCCCGUACUCCUGCUGAUCCUGUCGACCAUCCUUGUUCUACGCUCGGCCGUCUUAGGAGCCUCAGCUUGCUUUGUAGAACGUUGCAAUGAUCACGUCGUAUAACACCAAUUAACUCGAUCCACCCAUCGCAGUGGCGUCCAAUCAUAUCCUUCGUAGAGAUUCUAGCGAGUCGACAACACGACCACUCGUCGGAACGAACGAUCGAGCUGGCUUCGAUCCCCGGAGGGGCUAGAUUCCCUCCUUAGAGAGAGGUUAAUGAGAGGAACGGUCGAAAGUCCGAACUAUGAAAGUAUUCAGGGACGAUCGAUCUGUCAUUACAUUGUUAUCAUUGAUUUCGCGAUGCGCGCGUGUUGCUGGAUCGCGUAGAAGAGAAAUAUAUUUGUACGACACAGAUAUUUUAUCGAAGUUGCAUAUCUUAGAGAAUGCGAACGCUGAGACUAGUUCGGCAUAUAUCGGCUGUUGGGUAAGAAAGAUAGACGGAUUAGUAGAGAGCUCUAUACGAAGUAGUGAUCGUUCGUUUAUUCUUGUAUAAGGGGUCUCAUUAUUGCGCGCUACGGAAGGCGAUAGUUCCCUUUCUUAUUAUAUUAGUUUUAAAUCGUGAGAUAACAUUGAAUUGUCAGUUAUACUUCUGACGUAUUCAAAAAGCCGGAGAUUUCAUGAAUUGAAUCGUUAAUGAAUAUCGUUAGGCGCAGAACCCACUCUCUCGUUUAGAGAUUUUCGAUAAGGGUUGAAAUCGUCGCGAUAACAUUUGCACGAUUGAUGGACGAGAUUCGGUCUUCUCGUCCUCCGUCGCGAGAAUCGCUCAGUCUGUGUGCGUCGUUCGUUCCGAUCACUGGCCUUAGACAGCAUCGAGAGUUACGUAGGCGUUUCUCGUGUAGAAAUCAUUCCGACUGUCCAGUCGAUUUCUCUGACGAUCUCGGCGCCGAGCCCGAGUUCUCUAUUAGUUGCUCUUUGAGCAAGCACGGCUGGCCAUCGUUGCAAUGCAUUCGUGACAUAAACCCUGAGGAAGGAAUUUCACUGAAUACCAAAACAAAAUGUCUACGUACCAAAUGAAACAUUGGAUACAUCGAUUAUUACUCGAAUAAUGACAAGUGCGGCUCUGAGCCGCACUGGUAAUGAAACGAUUUAAUACAACAAUUCCACCGAGGAAUAUUUUCUAUCUACUUUUAUAAAAAUUGUUUAAAACACAAUAUAUUGUGAUAAGAAUUUGAUAACGAGAUUAUGUAAUUCCGCAAUAUCUUCUUACUGAAUUCCAUGUCGCUUAUACCGCUUCUUAUAUUUGGUCGUCAAGAAAUUUGAAUUAUUAAAUUAUAGAUUCGGACUGAUAAAAAUUAUCUUAACAAGUGAAAAUAUGCGAAAUUACAAAUCUAGGACUUCGCCGGAAUUGAGCUCCUUCCUCGGCGUUGUCGUUGCAUGUACUCGACUGUCGUCUGGGAAUAUCGAUGAUGGUUUAACCAUUUUACCCUGAUAUUACGACAGAGAGAGGAAAAACAAUGUGGAUACUCUAUCUUUCGGGUUUUUUUUCUCACAACGGUGCACCUACGUCGUUUCUCUCACUCUAAUGCGACAAUGUUCGACGCGACUGGUCGAGUUUCGUUCAACGCGAGGGUCUGUUGAGAAGCACAGUGAAUUGCGCGAGAUAUGAUGUCCGACCGUGCGCGUGACGAAUAAUGAGAAUUACGAUCUGAGAAAGAAAUCUCACACGAUGAUUUUCAGAAGUGUUUCAAUUUUCAAGUCGAGUUUUAUGAAAGUUGCUACAAUCGCGGAAAUUCUGUUUUGUAAUGAUAUGUAAUAUUUUGAGAACAUAUUUCUUCUUAUAUAAAAGUAUUCAAAAGUAACAAAUUAUUCUUAAACGUAAUUCAAGCUUUACACGAUAUCAGAAAUAUUGAAUAAAAAUAAUAAUAAUUUUUCUUUAUUGGAGCUUUGUAAAUCUCGGGAAGUCAUAUUUUUGUAUUUAUAUACGUCGCUUAAUGUGUGUGUAAUAUAAGGCACUUUGCAAUUGUGUUUAUAGUAAAACGCAUAAUUUCACACAAUGGCUUUCAACCACAGUCUUCAAGUAAUUAUGCUGUGUUGUUGAAGAUAUUAGAGCGACGGUCGGCGUACAUUAAUUGCGCAAUCCAAUUGAUUUAACAAAACGCUUCCUCGAUUCCACCCGAUCACGACUCUCUCUCUCUCUCUCUCUCUCUCUCUCUUUCUCUUUUUCUCUCUGAACCUUUUCUCCCUCCUUUAUGAUAGAGCCUGUGAUUCGUCACCUAUGCACUCUUUUUUCAUUCGGUCUUUUCACUUUUCUUCGGUACAACUUCCUCGUAGACACUUUGCCCGCUCGCCAUUCCAACGAGACAUCGUCAUGCUCGAAAAGACGGGAGGCAAUCGAGACCACGAUAGAAGGCGAGCUUGUACGAUAGAGAAACGUCCUACCUUAGAAGGCAUGGGUUGCAGCAUGUACAUCCAACAGACAGCACCGUCAAAUACAGUGAGAACCGGCCGACGAGCAGCGAGGAUGACCUCGAGACCCCGGGAAUUGUCUGAACCACGUGUGCGCGUGUUUUCCGAAACAGACAAAUCCCAGAUAAAUGUAACUAUUUUGUUAAGAAAAAAAAAUAUCUUAGAGUACUUGUAGAUCGUGAAGGUAGACGAAAUCGAAGGGUGAGAAUAUUCGAAUUCCAAUAGUACCACUCAGAAGUAUCCGAGAGGAAUUUCAAAUUUUGGGACUGGAAAUAUAUCGUAGUGCUUAAAGGUGCUUGAAAGAACGAGUUCCAAAAGUUCUAAACUUGUAAAGCUCAAUAAGAUAACAUAUGCACGAUAUGUAAGAGAGUUCGAGAAGCUAAGCGGUUCAAGAAUCCGAAGAUCACGGAAUCAGAGGGCUGUGGGACUCCAAGGACCAUUAGACUUUUUAGAGGGAAGUAAGUCUUUCGAGGGAUUCGAUGAAUUAGGAAACCGAAUCGCAAAAUCUCCCUGACAAGGUAAAGAUCGUGAAAAAGAUCUUCUGGAAACGCGCGCGCACAUUUGAGAGCGUAGACCACCAUAGUGACGGAGUUUCCAGGCACUUAGAAGAGAUAUCAAGUCACACGUAGAAGAAAAUGAAGUGGAGUGCAUGGAUUGUAGCGUUCACGAGGCUGUACGGUUUGCGGAAAGUCGUCGCGGAAAGAUCUCACGUUUAUCGCGGAUCCAAAUCCCUCUCGUGUCUAAUAAAGAUUCCUUUAUCGUGUA